AUGGGAUGUGGGUACAACCUGAUGAAGUUGUGGACUGCAGAAGUGGCCCACUCCCCAUUUGCAGCCACCCCUCUGAUCACAGACAUGAAUGCCAAUGGGAUGCUGGAUAUCAUUGCCGCCCCUCUUAGUGAGACACAGACAGUCCUUGAAGCCGAAACUGGGACAACCUUGAAAAAUACCAAAUGGCCAACACAGAUGUUGGAUAGUUCCAUUUUUGCAUCUCCUUUACAGUAUGAUAUAGAUGGUGAUGGAAUGCUUGAUAUCAUGUUCUCCACCUCCUCUGGUGAGCUUCUAUUCUACACUGGCAAUGGAACAGCUGUGCAGGGAAAAUUCAUGCAGGUUCCUCCAGUCUACGUGAAGCAAGACUGGUACACGCAGGUUGUAGCAGUGUCUGCAGAGAAUAUGCAGCAGUACAUCUCCAGCACUCGGAGGGCCGGUUACAUUCCUGUUGACGCCCACAUUAUGGCCACCCCCGUGAUAGCAGAUCUGAACAAUGAUGACCGCAUGCAGGAGCUGGUUAUACCCGUCUCAUACUUCUUUGAUGAAGAGGACUACAGGCUGCCUGAGAAUUUUGAUCACAUCAACAACAUAGGAGAGGGAGACCUUGGGAAAUACGUGGUGUCUGGAGUCACAGUGAUCGACCUGUCUGACCUUAGUGUACAGCAUUCGAUCUACCUUGAUCUCACCAUGAAAACCUCCGGUUUCCCCGGCUACGUCCUGUUCUCUCCUACUGUGAUUGACAUGGAGGACGGGAGUCACCUGGAAAUCGUCAUGGGAACGUCAGCAGGCGGCAUCCACGUAAUCAACCUUGAGAAUGGAGUGAGGGACAGGAGUGGCUUCCCCUACAGCAUGGGUACAUACAGGACAGUUUGUGUAACGGUGGCAGAUAUAACGAAGGACGGAACCCUCGAGCUGAUAGCAAUUGACACCAGUGGGAAUGUUGUGUGUGUCAACCAAGAUGGGACACUGUUCUGGGAGGCCAAGAUCUCUGGGGAGAACUCUCCUGGCAGUCGACUCAUUGAUAUUGAUGGGGAUGGAUAUGUGGAGGUUCUCAUACCAACUAAUGAAGGGGAUGUCUAUGAUAUAUCGGGGGUCACUGGCAAGGUACUGGAUGUGUGGGCCAAUCCAUGUAGGUCACCCGAUACUGUCCAAUGUGAUUGCUACAAGGGUGUCCAGGACCAGACAGACCCUGGACCUGGUGAGUAG